UUGAGCUGAUGGCCUAGUUGCCAAUGCUCGUAAUAAAAAAAAAAAAAAAAAAAAAAAAAAUCAUGUUAUGUCAAACUUAUCAAAUACUUCAGUCUUCAAUUCAAACAGUGCAUGUUUGCUUGUUUCAAAGUAUUUAGUUUAACGAAAAAUGGUAUCCUAUUUCACAAUCGAUGCUACCGGCGAGGGGACCAAUUUUCAGAAGGAAAUUUCAAACAUGAUGCAUGGAUUUGGAGACAAUCCCAACCCGAAUGCUGCUACUGUGGUUCUUGUCGAAAAUGUAGUUUUACAACAGCUCCGGACUAUGCUACAAGAGGCUUGGGCGCUAUGCAUCGCAAGAGGAGGAAAGGCUAUUUCUAACUAUGAUAUUAUUUAUUUAAUGCGGAAAAAUAUAAUAAAAUUGAAACGCUUACAUGACUACCAAAUUAAGUUAGACACAUUAGACAAAGGCAGACAAGUUCCUUCAGGGACCACGGCAGAGACUCUCAACUCAUUAAUGUUAGAAGAUGAUAUUGAUCCUCAAACAAGAAAAAGACGGACACACAUAGAGAUAAUAAAAGAAGUAGAUGAGUUUGAUGAAGUAAGCCAGAUCAAAUUUGAUACUAUAGACUAUUUAAGAAAAGUUAGAGCUGCAAAACUGACUGAGUCAAUGUCCUUUGAGAAGUAUGAAGCAUACCAUAAAGCAAGAUGUAGUUCUUUUCGGUCCGGGAAUCAAUUAGUCAAAGGCUAUGCAAAAUUGGAACGGUGGAUAAACCCAAACAAAGAAUUGAAGAUUACCAUGUUUGCACUUGAAGUAUUAUGUUUCAUAGCAUAUGAAACGGUGGCAGAAAUAGUUGAUGCAGUAUUCUUGAUAAGGCAAGAUGCUAAAAAAAAGAAUGGUGAUCCAUUCAGUAAGUAUGAAGGUGGGCAUUUCUGCAACCCAUUGAGUUUGAACAAUGCGGUUUACAUUAAAUCUGGGUAUGAAGGAGUACCGGCUAUUACUGUGGCAGAAGUCAGAGAAGCAUUGAGAAGAUACUUCUCACCAAGGACUGGCAUGAAUGGGUUAUUUUAUAGAAACAUGUCAAUAGAUUUACCUACAAGAUAUCUAAUAUUGUAAUUAAAUACUUAUGUUUAGCCAUUGUCGUUUAUCUAAGAACAGGAAUAGGUCCAGUACAGCGGUGUCAAGCACAAGAAUUUGAGUCAAUCAUGCAGUCUAAUGCCAUAAUGCGAUUGGUUGAUGAGUUCGCAUCACGCAUGCGAUUGGUCGCAACUAGUUGUGUUAGGCUGCACAAUUGGCUCAAAUUUGUGAGUGACAUGCUGAAUUAGCACCAUUCUUAGUGCCCUAAAGGCCCAUCUUUAGAUAUAUAUCAAUGUUUUUAGCGCUAUAUGAUUAAAAUUUCAUUUUAAAUUGGGCUUCUGUGAAGUUGCAAUUCUAUUACUGUAGGUCCUGUGCAUAAUAAUUCAUAAUCACUUACUAAAUUGUAUAACCCAAGUUAAAGUGGAGAUGAAUUUCUCAAUAAAACAUUUCUCAAUUGACUGUCAUCAGUUGUUUGGCAAGCAUGUUGUUACAUUAACAAUUAAUAAACUAAAUGUUGCACAGCA